UUAUCGAUCCCAAAAACAACAACUUCACGAGACAUUCAACGACGACUUGACGCGUCAUUCUCUUGGAUGGCUAUAAUCCUUCGUCAGGUUUUCAAUGUCAAGCGACAUGCUUUGCUACCAAAAUGUCUUCAAUGAUUGACCAAUUGUGCGGCGCAGCCAAGCCGUGCGUGAGAACCAAAGUUGGCGCCGUCCUAGUCUUGCUCCUAAUGAUGCAGCUGACGAUUCUUCCAAAGUCAUACGUGGCUAAGUAAGUCAUGAUGCCUGGCUUACAUUCAAUUUAGCAAUUACAAAAGCGUUUCAGUCCCCGUACAAUUCUCUUUAUCUGGUGAGGAUUACGAGAAAGAAAAUACCCUGUAAGAUGCUCCCCGGUCUACAGCCAUGUCGUCUGGGACAGCAAAGUUCGAAUACAGCCACCGUAUCGGCAAGGAAACCAUUCGUCUUGUGCGCAUCCUAGGUUGCGGAGCAUCUCAAGAUGAACCGUUGCAGCUUUCACUCGAAGAACACGCCGUUGCUGACCUGCCAGCAUACCGAGGCCUCUCUUACACAUGGGGGUCGCCCCUCGCCAUGAAGGAGCCCUCUCGGCAAAUCGAACAGCCCGUGACAGUCUCGGUGAUACUCAAUGACCACAGCUUCGAAUUAUUUCCGAAUCUGCACGAUGCGUUAUGUUGGAUCCGAGCGCACAACUCCUGUGACCUGUACUGGAUCGACGCCAUCAGCAUCAACCAGGCCGACGACACUGAGCGCAGCAUGCAAGUCGGCAUCAUGGACCGUAUCUACAAAAAGGCCACCCGCGUUGACAUAUGGCUAGGCUCCGUCACCGAAGAGCACUACCCGGCUGAGGUAUCCAGACUUGUUCGUACAAUGGCCGAGAAUACCCAGCGAAACUUCAGCUUCGACCAGGAAAACUCUUUCUUCGACGACGAUGCUCUGAGUAAAUACGGCCUGCUACAUGUUCCGGAUGAUGUGUGGUACGCCUUUGUUGCCUUUUUCGAACGCAAGUGGUUCAACCGCGUUUGGGUCGUCCAGGAGGUUGCCUUGUCAAAAGACGCCUGUAUUCUCUGGGGCAACGAUGUUAUUCCUUGGGAGACGGUGGCAUUUUGCUCCGACUUUUUGUAUGAAAGUCGUCUGUACGAACAGUUGUCGGAGGUUUUGUACAAUGACAACCCUACGAUCAAGGACGUCAAGAUUGGCAGCAAUUCGUCGGGCAUCGUCGCAAUCCAGAGGUGUAGACGCGACAUUCUCGAUAUGUGGGACAGCACCACACUAGAUCACAUAGUAGGUCCUCUCGCCUGCACCGGCGGAAGCAGCAGAACGAAAACAGCGGGUGCGCUGCUGUUCCUGAUGCUACGGCUGACGGUCGGAGUGGAAGCCACCGACCCUAGAGACCAGGUCUUUGGUCUGUUGGGCAUCCUCAACCUACUUUUGGAUCUCAGUGGCCGCACGAGGACGGAGCUGGAGGCCAACUACCGCAAGCACUGCACGCCUGUCAGUAUAUACACCGACACGGCAGUCUUCAUCAUGGAAGAAUGCAAUAACCUGGCUCUCCUGACGGCGGUUCCUGAUGACUCGGUCAAGAAGCUUGAGGGUCUGCCGUCCUGGGUGCCUGAUUUCUCCGCAAACGGCCCUUCUGCCUUUCUAGCGAUGAGAUGGCCCGCCGAGAUCCCAUAUUUUGAUGCCUGCCGGUCCAUGCCGACGAACUAUCGAGUCGUCGAUGACAGGCUCCUCCACGUCAAGGCCUUGUGCGUCGGCACGAUAUCAUUGGUGGGCGAGGUAUACUCUGAGCUAGCGACCAACGGGAGCUUCACGCAAUGGGCCGAUUUCCUCUUGCAAUGCGAUCCCGUAUAUCAGCCGACAGGGCAGUGUCGAGUGGAGGCGUUCUGGAGGACGUUGAUCGGUGACCGAGACGCGUUCACGCACCCCGCCCCGGACAGCCUGCGCAAGGCGUUCCACUCCUGGAUCACAGACCACGUCGUGUGGGAGGUUUACUGCGCCAUGAAAAAAGGCGCCGAUAUUGAAGAGCACAUCAGCCGUCUGGAGAGCAUCAAGAGACUCGCCGCAUCGGAUGUCAGCAAGACGGUGCCAUCGUGCGACAUGAUCAUGGGGUAUUUGAAGCAGCUCAAGGAAUGUGAGAAGAAGGAGCAAGUCGAGGGGCUGUUUGAUCGCUUCAAGCACACCUGCCAGGUGUAUGUGAAUCUUGCGUUUGAGACACUCUGGGAGAGGCGGCCAUUCCUGACGGAUAGUGAUCACAUGGGACUUGGAGGUCAGUCUGUGCAAGAUGGCGAUGGGAUAUGGGUGGUGGCUGGCUGUCCGUCACCGCUUGUGCUUCGAGAGUUGCCGGUGUCUUCUAUUUCUGGGCCUUUUAGCUAUCGAUUGAUUGGGGAGGCCUAUGUGCACGGCAUCAUGCACGGGGAAGCCGUUAUUAAGGAUGCGUUGUGGGAAGAUAUUUGCAUCCAGUGACAACAUGUUUGCUGAUACUGCUUACAGCAUGUGGCAUCAUUUUGAGGUGUUCAUAAGAAGAUUGCCAUAAUACACUGAAUCGAAAAU